UUUUGAAAACAGAAGAAGGUUUAUUAUUUACAUCAGUCCUCUGACAUUCUGGCAUUUGUAUUUUUAGUGUUUACGAAAAUUUAGGCACCUCGGGGUGAGAAAUUAUUAAAGUAACAAAUGUGAUUUUGCUUCAAGUAUACGUUUUUCGACUAGUCAUGCACUUUCAAGGCAAAAAGAGACCCCUUAGAAAAUGGGGCAAAAAAUCAGAGUUUAAUUUCAGUGACAUCGAUGAAAACGAUACCCAGGAAAAUCCAGCUAUAAAUCAAUUCGUUAAUAAUAAUCGAAAUGACAGAAAAUCACAGAAACAUUUUCAAUCCACAAAGAAAGAAACUAAAGUUAAGGAAUUUAAAUCUCAGAAUCCUGUCAGGAAAUACAAAUCGAUAGAAUCUCUAAUUAAAAAAUUGAAACCGAAGGAAUCUAAAGUUUUAAGAGGAAAACGCUCUCAGUUUCGAAUCUGUUCUCUGAGUGAAGAAGCCAUUAAACGGAGAAGAACUGAGUUCUCUUCUCAGAGAAAAAGAAAAAAUGCUGAUCAGAUAAGAAAACCUCCCCCAAUUCCUUCAAAUAUUCUACAAAUUUUCGAUUUAUUUCAACAUGAUUCUCUCCUGAAAUUUGUCAACCAACAUUAUAAACCAAAGAUUGAAUUUUCCAAAUUAAAAUUCAAGCCCCAAGGAGUGUGUCACCUUCGCAGUUUGUCCAACCCUUCCAAAAUAAAAGACGUCGAAAUCAAAUGCAACUGAUCCAGGGAUUUCGAAAGAAAGCUUUUCAAGAACA